AUAAUAUUUGAACCACGCUGUUGUAAUGAGGCUUGAUGUAUACAUUUUUAGAAAAAAUAUCAAGAAACAUACAAAAUAAAUAAAAACAAUUGUAAAAACUAUAGUAAUCUAAAAAUUAAACGAAGAGAAAUAAAUAAAACUAAAUCGAACCAUGACCAUGGAGUGGACGCGUGAAAAGACAUUGGCACUUAUACAGGAAUAUCGAAAAAGACGCGGUCUCUGGGAUAUGACCCAUGAGGAUUAUCGCAAGAAAGAUGUUAAACAAAAACUACUAGUCGAGGUGUCCGAGACAUUAGGCGGUAAUAUACCUAUUAUGGAAAUUGAAAAGAAAUUUCAUACUUUGCGCACACAGUAUCACCGUGAAAUAAAUCGCAUGAAAAGGAAAGAACCAUACAAUUCAAAAUGGUUUGGUUUUAAGUAUUUACAAUUUUUAAGUUCCCCCAAAGCGUGUCGCUCCAAUAAGGGACGCAUUAAGGCUGAGAUUACCGAAGAGGGUACGGUAACGACCAAGUAUAUUAUACGAGAGGCCAUACAGCCAGGCCAUGAUACCAGUAUGGGUUCGGGAAACGAAAAUGAAGAGUUUCUCACUUUACCACGCAGAACUACAGCGAUUUCAUAUGAAGCGGUACCAGCGAGUACAGCCACAUCGACGGCUUCCAGUCGUUCACAUGAAUUGGAAAAAUUGAUAGAAGAAACCACAAAAGAUGUAGAGGAAAUAGAAGAUGCAAAACCAAAAAUGACCAUUAAAGAAAUCAGUGUUCCCAUGGACCAUCAUCAGCAGCAUCAUGCUGACUCGUACUCGGGAGGCGGAGAACUGCAGAUAAGUAAUGUUGAAAGCGAACACCAGGAGUUACAUCAUAUUGAAGAUGUAGAGGGAAAUAUGGAGUCUAUGGGUAUGCAACAUCAGAUGACAUCAGACGAAGAACUUAACUAUCAAACUACUACAUCGAAUCAUGGAGUUUCCUCUGCUGUAUCUACCGUUAAUGCUGGUCAUACACAAUCCUCUACCACAACAGUUCACACUAUACCGGCACGUAUAAUAAAGAUCCAAAGAAGAGAUACACAUCACGACAAUAAUGAUUAUUAUGAACAACAGCAACAUCAUCACCAUCAUCAUCAACAUAUGCAGCAACAACACCAGCAUCAGCAACAUCAUAUACAAACAAUUUCACCGCCAGGAGGGGGAGGUGGAACAGGUGGUUCGACGACCACCAAACGUAUUUAUUACGAUCCCUCAACUCAUCAUACUACAACUAUAUUGACAGCUUCUCCCUCGCAACAGCAAACAGGAGUUUCUUUAAUAAAUGCCUCCUCCUCUCCCUCCAUAAACACAUCACCGACAAAUUCUAAAGUUCAUUUACGCAAUAGCUUAGCAGCGGCUGCAGCCUCAUCUGGUAUCAACUCUUCCAAUAACCCAUUAAACAAUUCCGCCCUAAACCCAUCAACAACAGUCACGUCAGCUCUGCGCGACGAAUUCACUACGUAUGGGGAAUAUGUUGCCAAUGAAAUGCGUGAAAUAAAAAGUCGUGAAAUUUUGUUAACACUAAAGCAUAAGAUAAAUACAGCUCUCUUUGAGGCCAAUAUGCAAGAAUUACAAAAAUAAUUAACAUAA